AUCGAAUCUUGAGCUUCAACUAUAUCAUCGUAUAUAUAAUUGUCUGAUUGUUACCAACUCGGGCCAGUAUUCCUCCACAUUUCUGCUCAUUUUUUUUCUGAGGACAUUUUCAUUUUUCUUCAUCUUCAUCAUUGAAAUUACAUAUAGAAGAGAAAAAUGGACACCGUAUUUCAUACCCGUUCUUUGGGAACAGCAGCAGAAGGUGUGAGAGAUCAGUAUGCCGAUGGGACAGCAGCCAAAGUUUGGGAGGUUUUUAUAGGCGAUAAAAAUCAAAGAAAGCAAAAUUAUCGCGAUUUUCUCGUUGGCCUACUUCGUGAAAGGGGAUGUCACAGAAUUUUAGAUGUUGCAUGUGGUACAGGUGUCGAUUCUGUAAUGCUAUUAGAAGAAGGUUUCGAAGUUGUUAGCGUUGAUGCUUCAGAUAAAAUGUUAAAAUACGCUCUGAAAUCUAGAUGGAAUAGAAGAAAGGAACCGGCUUUUGAUAAAUGGGUGAUUGAAGAAGCUAACUGGUUGACUUUGUACGAUGACAUCUCCCACUUGAUACAUGAUGGCUUUGAUGCUGUGAUCUGUUUAGGAAAUAGUUUUGCUCAUUUACUUGAUUCCUUUGGUGAUCAAAGAGAACAGAGACAAGCAUUGUCUAAUUUCGAACGUUGCGUGAAACCCGGUGGAUUGCUAUUAAUCGAUCAUAGAAAUUAUGAUAAUGCAAUUGCAACAGGAGAGACACCAACGCAAUGCGUUUAUUACAAUAGUAAACAUUUGCGGCAGAUCAUUACAUCUGUACUAUUCACAAGUGGAAAGCCAACUUUAGUAACGCUAGACUAUAUAAUAUCAUUAAAUGAGGAAAAUAGCAAUCAAUCAGACAGCGUUUGCCAAUUUAGAUUAUCCUAUUAUCCUCACAAGUUGACUGUUUUUCGUGAUAUGCUUAUGGAAGCUUUCCAUCAUCGAGCCAAGCAAACUAUUUAUGGAGAUUUCAAAUCCAUCGAGGAAUGUAAAACUCCCGGUUUUUAUAUUCACAUCCUAGAAAAAACAAGUGGCAGUGCAAAGAAAUAAUAAAAUUCAUUAUAACAAUUAUGAAAGCAAUAUUUCAUUUUGAAAAUAAAUCGUCAUAAAAGAAUUACAUUGUAUAUAUUUUAUAUAUAUAGAAUUUUUCUAUUAUGAACACUAUACACAUAAUAGUUCAUUCGAAGAGAUGUAAUUUUUGUUUAAUAAACGAAGAAGACGUAUAAUUUUUGAAAA